UGUACAUGAGGUCAAAAGGGUUGUCUGGCAUGAGUUCGGAAGAAUAAAACAAGGUUCUGCAACCACCAUUAUACCAACCAUGGCUGAUCGGGAACGACUUGUUCAAGCAGACGAGAAGUCGGAAGGGCCACAGACGAGUUUAAACAACUUUGGAGAGUCAUCAAGAGCGGGACUGCGUGGUGUCGGCCCAACAGGCCCAAGGCAACCAACCAUGCCAGUGGUUACCCAACCACAGUUUAUGCCUCUUCAACAGGUCCCGUUUGCGAGAUCACUGCAAGAUGAACUUACUGCGUUCAAUUUUAGUCCGACAUCUUGGUCCGUUCUUCAAAACCUGCAACUUCGAUAUGGUAGCGAGAGUCGAGCAGUCAGUUCGGUCCUAGACGGACUGAGAAAUGUCAUAGCAACUGCUGGUAACGCUCGCCCGGAAGGUCUUGAGAGUAAUGAAGACAAAUACAGCAAACUUAUUGGAGGGGUUAUGUUUACAGGAGAGAGGCUCACAGGAAAUAACUUUUUGGAUUUCAGUAAAGUGGAGUUUCAACACAUACUGGAUUCGCAACAGGGAGUGACUGCGCAGCCCAAACCUGCUAUGACUGCGGGUCGGAUUUACCUGACAAAUCAGCGACUGCUUCUUCUCUCUACGGGAGACGCGACAGGCAUGCAGUUGAGCGAAUCUUCACAGCCAUUGGGAAAUCGCAAAUGCGUGACCCUGUCCAUUACCGGCUGCAAAACCAGUACUUGCCGCUACGAGAGCAUUCAACUAGCAGACAUUCGCGGUGUCGACAUGAGCUCGGUGUUCAGCGGUACUUCGUCGACAACCGUCAAAGGCGUCAUACCGUCACCGUCUUGCGUCCUGUGUUGCUGCCCAGAGGAGGCUGAAUGGGAAUUGUCGCCUCACAUCUCAUCAUCAACAAACUUGGUCGGAGUGAUCAAUCUGGGUACACUCCUUCCUCCAUGGCAGACCAAAUGUAAUGUCGUCAUCUUCAUGCCGCCGAAUAACGAAACGGCUGUAGGGGUGGAGUUCAUCCGGGCACUUCAGUAUGCUGCUCCUGCUCUUCAGCCCAGUCCAGGAAACUGAUUGAAAAGGGAAUGAGGUUUUGAGGUAGAAUUUCUGCGUUUAGGCUCGCCGUUGGUUGUUGUUUUGUUCACAUUUCCUUUUUUUUUUUGAAGCAACCAUCUUGUAAAUCUUGCCGCGUUGCAAUAUGAAUAUUCUAUUGGUUGGAUAGGUUCAGUUCAGUUCAGUUCAGGUCAGGUUAGGUCAGGUCAGGUCAGGUCAGACUAUAGAAAUUAAAUGAUUUAUCCGCGGGUUUCAUGUGGAGAUUUUUCGAGAACGAAAGUGUUGGAUUCAACGUCCAUUUACAGGGUCUACACUUUUUUCUAACACAAAACACAUUGUCCACAGAUUAACAUUAAACUUACACAGUAUGUUAUGGUAUGAUAUCAUAACUGGUUAAUAUAUUGUUUCCAUGCUAAAACGGAAACGAAAAUUAUUAUCGUGACAUUGGUUUACUCAUUUUCUCAAAAACUACAGCACCUCAGUAAGUAAUAUUUCAAGGGAAGCUUUCUACUAUCAUUACCUUCAAUUCGUGUACGUCUAAUGUAAAUCUGUGGGCAUUUUGAAAAGUACCAGAAUCCUUUUAACUAAGAAGGAGUUGGUCCAUGUUCUAGUGGGCAUUGUCAUUUUGUCAUAUUGUUUAUAACAUAAUAUUAAUAACGGCUGUUUGAGCAUGGAGGAAUGGUUUGAGCAAUGCUUCAACAGUUCAGUUCAGUUCUAGAAAAUGAUUAUCCAUUCAUCCGACGAAACCAUUUCGCAAUUAUGCUUUCCACCGUUACAAUCCACGUAACAAGUAUGUUUAGAAUAGAAAUUGUACAAUGUAUAUUCAUUAUACGAAAGAAUGGCCCUCUCUAUAAGACCAGCGGCCUACUCCAAACUGUCAAGAUUAUUUAAAGUACAUUAAUACAUUUCCUGCUUCCACUUUAUAUCCAGAGCUUCUUUUUAAACAGGUACUUGAGCAAUGUUUUUUAAAACGAGAAUGCUAUUUAAAUUUGUUUGUAAUAUUUUUAUUGACCGUUUGAUAGUUCGUUACGCACUUCUGAAAAUGGGCACCUACCACACGCUAACAGAGCGCCGGUACUAUAAUCCGAAGGCCACUGGUUCAUGUCCCACGUUAGUUAGUAAAGUUUCAAAUCAAAGUAUUGUUUAAGUUUAGCCAGUAAAUUUCGCUGUGGUUUAUUGCUUCGUUAAAGGAAUUAUUGUGCAAGAUAAAUAGAAUGGUAGCUUUGAAUUUAACUUUUAAUAUUUUAAGGGGCAAAUCAUUCUGUCAAAGGGACACGUUGCCUUGGAACGGUCGAGUUGGUCUUUGAA